AGGAUUGCGUGCUCAAGUAAUGACUCGGGUUAUUAGACAAUCAUAUAUUUACAAGAACGUAGUAUCACAAAUCACAAAGUAUGUACAGUUUUAACGUUGUAUCGAGUUCGUUACAAUGAAUAUGAUAAAACAAGAGACGCAUCGACCAGGAGCGCUCAAACAAUCUAAUAAACAGCACAAAACCGGAAGGCAUCGAAGUAAAAGUACCAUCAAUAACGAUCUGAAAGGUAAACAGAAUGUUAUCGGAAAGUCAUCCAAGCGUUUUGAGAAGAAUCUUCGGAAAGAUGAACGUAGAAACCAAUUGUUGCAAUUAAGAAGAAAGAAGCGCGAGCAAGUACUUGCGCAGAAGAGAAAUCUCGGUGGUUUUUUUUCGGCACCUAUUCUUAUCUGCGUUAUACCGUUGCAAAGUGACGUGGACAUAAAGAACAUUGUAUCUGCUGUAACUAACAUGGCUGAAACUGCUAAUGUUGCUACUAGUCCAAAUGGCAUUAUACAUAUUGGUGUUCCAAGACUGAAACGGCGGUUUUCUAUCGUCGUACCGUCGAUGGGCGACGUUUUAGCAACAUUAGACGCAGCCAAAGUUGCUACCACGAUACUCUUUGUUACUUCUGUCGCGAGUCAAACAAACGAUGGUACGCAAAGAGAUAUUAUAGACGAUUGGGGCAAGGAAAUUAUCGUGUCUUGCCUCGCUCAAGGUUUACCUUCUACAAUGAUUGCGGUGCAUAAUAUUCAAAGACUUCAUAUUAAGAAACGUCAAGAGUAUAAACAAUCUGUGCAACGUGCAAUUUCAAAAUGGAUUCCCGAAGAAAAAGUUCUUGAAUUGGACACUGCGGCCGAUUGCUUAAAUAUGUUACGGCGUGCUGGAUCACAAAAGCAAAGAAGUUUGUUUUACAAAGAUAUAAGACCAUAUCUUUUGGCCGAGAAAGUCUCCUAUGAAUGUGAUCAAGAUUCUCCUGAGUUUGGAACUCUCAUGGUCAGUGGAUAUUUACGAGGCACCGCACCAUUGUCGGCCAAUGAUUUGGUUCACAUACCAGGUUUUGGAGACUUUCAAAUGUCUUGCAUCAAAACGUCGACAGAUCCGUAUUUAAUUGAACACGGUGAGAGGAUCAAGUAUCUUUCUGAUGAUAAAAUGAAAACGGAACAGAGAAAUGAAACCGAAAUGAUUCUAACUGCAGACCCAGAAAAACAGGAAUCCCUCGAAAGUGAAUAUAUUCCUGACCCAAUGGACGCUGAACAAACGUGGCCUACGAAAGAGGAAUUGGCUGAAGCGGCAAACAAUAGAAAUAGAAAAAUUGUCAAGGUUGUGCCAAAAGGAACCUCUGAAUAUCAAGCUGCAUGGAUACCGGAUGAAGAUGGAGAAAGCCUCGGUGUAUGUUCGGGGAAUGAAUCGGAGGACAAUAUGUCUGUGGAAGAGGCAAGAUCUGAAGCAGCCAGUAGUGAAGAUUUGGAGGAUGACGAACAAUAUGAGACCAUUACGAUAUCGGAAGCGCCACUGGAUGAGGAGCGUUACGACCAGGAUAUUGAUAUGUUUGAAGAAAAGCAAGCCAUGGAAAACUUCAAAGAGGCAAAAUUGGACGCGCAAUUUCCCGACGAAGUGGAUACACCUCAAAACAUUUUGGCUAAAGCAAGAUUCCAAAAAUAUCGAGGUCUCGAAUCAUUCCGUACUAGUCCAUGGGAUCCAAAGGAAAAUCUUCCUAUUGAUUAUUCUCGGAUAAUUGAAUUCGCCGAUUACGAUCGCAGGCGAAAAUGUAUUUAUAAAGAACGUAAAGAUAUCGAAGGUGUCACGCCAGGAUCUUAUAUACAAGUUUGUAUCAUCCAUGUUAACAGAGAAGCUUUCAAGGCAUUUGCUAUGGUAGAAAAUAAACCAUUAAUAGUGGUCGCCUUACUUCCUUAUGAGCAUAAAAUGUCUCUUUUAAACAUCGUGUUGAAACAUUCGAGCAAUUACACACGACCAAUCAAGUCAAAGGAAAGAUUGAUAUUUCAAUGUGGAUUUAGACGAUUUGCGGCAUGUCCAAUAUUUAGCCAACAUACAAACGGUGCCAAGCAUAAGUACGAGAGAUACUUUCACCCCGAUAGUACUGUAGUGGCGAGUAUGUAUGCACCGGUUACUUUUUCACCGUGUCCAAUCCUAUGUUACGUCGAGAAUAAAAGUGGCAAGCUCGAAUUAAUUGCGACUGGUAGUGUGUUAUCUUGUAAUCCCAACAGAAUUGUCCUAAAACGAGUUGUUUUGAGUGGUCACCCGUACAAGGUGAAUAAAAGAUCGGUGGUUGUGCGUUUCAUGUUCUUUCAUCGCGAAGAUAUCGAAUGGUUCAAGCCAAUCCAAUUGAGAACCAAAUAUGGACGUAGAGGCCAUAUAAAGGAACCCCUUGGUACACACGGACACAUGAAGUGCAUCUUCAAUGAUCAACUAAAGUCUCAGGAUACAGUGUUGAUGAAUUUGUACAAACGAGUUUUUCCAAAAUGGACUUACGAGCCUAUGAACCAAUACGUACAAUAAAAAUUAUUUGGUCUUGUUAAUCUUGGAAUUAUCCUAUACUGUAUGUGUACAAUACAUGUAAUGUUGCAACUAU